GACUUGUCGUCGCGCAGCGCAGCAAGUCAUUUCGGUCCCCUGCAGGAUUCCUCUCACUAAUGAAACUAACCAAAUGUUGCAUUUUUUUUUUCAUUUUUCUUCACCAUGUCAGGAUGGAGAUUUUAGCUUGAUUUUUGCAACUUAGAAAAAGUUGCGCGUGAGGUGUCUUGGAGAGAAGCGCAGCGACAGGAGCGUUGGAGACGCGCAUCACUUUGGAGAACGGAGAGGUGCGCUGGAGCGCACGGACUGAAUCUUUCUCCAAACACGCAGAUUUCUCCUGCAAGCACGAUGGAUCCCAGCACGCCCUUCUUCUACACGGACAGCAGGUCAUUGGGGUCUGCGAAUAACAAUACGACCACCCCUCUGCUCAACGCCAACAUCAGCAGCAAUAACUCAGAUGUAUUCGGACUGCAUCCUUUCAGUAAAGCUACUAUGGUCAUCUAUUCUAUUGUCUUCAUUGUGGGUUUCAUUGGUAACACACUGGCCAUCUACGUAGUGGCCCGCUAUGCCAAGAUGAAGACUGUAACCAACAUGUACAUCCUCAAUUUAGCCGUGGCAGAUGAACUCUACAUCCUGGGAAUCCCCUUCAUUGGAACCAACAGUAUCCUGUCCUACUGGCCGUACGGGAAUUUUCUCUGCAAAGUGUGCAUGACCGCUGACAGCAUGAGCCAGUUCGCCUCCACCUUUUGCCUGACGCUGAUGAGCAUCGACCGCUUCCUGGCUGUCGUCUAUCCCAUUCGCAGUGCCAAGUGGAGGAAGCCACAUGCGGCCAAGAUUUUCAGCAGCCUGGUGUGGGUCAUGGCCUUUUUGACUGUGUUGCCGGUCACCAUCUUCUCACAAGUACAGGAGGACCCCAACACCUGCAACAUCACCGUGUCGGAGAAAGUGUGGUCCAUCGUAUUCAUCCUCUACACAUCCGUCCUUGGUUUCUUUGGGCCCCUGGUUGUUAUUUCCCUUUGCUACCUGCUCAUUGUCAUCAAGGUGAAGUCAGCUGGCAUGCGCGCAGGCCUGACUAAGAGACGGAAAUCGGAGCGUAAGGUGACGCGCAUGGUGGUGAUCAUUGUGCUGGUGUUUGUACUCUGCUGGCUGCCAUUUUUUACCUUCAACAUCGUCAACAUGAUCCUCACUAUUCCGGAAAACCAAACCACCGCAGGAAUCUACUUUGUCCUGAUCAUCCUCACCUACGUCAACUCCUGUGCCAACCCAGUCCUCUAUGCUUUCCUCUCAGAGAACUUCAAGCAGAGCUUUCAGAGGGUGCUAUGCUUCAGAAAAACAAAUACUACCGCACAUACUAAUACUUCUGUCACAAAAGUACAGAGACAGAGUGUUGCCAAGUCUGUCCAGUUGGAGGUCAACAGGAACCUCGACAGUGAGCCUUUCACCUCAAAAGCUGUGAUGAACGGCCAGUGAUCGCUAAGUUUCCAUGCUGACCCAGCAUGUGAUCAAGUGCUACCACUUGGAACUUGGACAGUUUACCAACGGGGUGGGGGGUGGGGGGGCAGUGGAGGAUUGACAUGGAAUUUCCUGACUUUAUUUCAGUUCGGUGAUGUCUCCUGUGGGCAUACUGAGGACCAUGAGGAGCCACGUUCUGUUCAAGGAACAGCUUGUUAUAACAUUCAUCAGCUACCAUGGGUCAUUUUUUAUGUGUAUUUUAUUUUUAUUACUUUGCAUCCAAUUGCAUUGGGAAAAAGUAUUUGUUUAUGGAGUUUUUUUGUUCAAAAGAACAUCAUGUUUUCAAGCGCCAUAAUUGAAUUGGACUUCAGAAUCUCUUCACUGACACUGUCCUUAAAGAAGAAACGUGUUCUGGAUUUUGUUUUGCUUUUGUUUCAGUAUGUUUGUUUUUUAAAUGGUUCAUUCUAUAAUAUUAGGUACUAAUAUAAUUAUCUGUAUAGGUAGCUCUUUAAACACCCUGUUUGGAGAAACAAACUUUAAUUCUGAUCAGCUUGAUAAAAAGCUGAUUUGUUAAUCCCAGACCAAGCUGCCAUCUUAAAAUAGCUCCAAUCUCAAAACACUAAUGAGAACACUAUUAUAUAAACGUUAUCACCACCAUUAAUGUGACUGUUACUCCAGCAGAAAUAUGAUAUUCCUGCAGGAAGAGACCCCACGCUGCACCCCAUCACCCCUACAGUUCAUAUUUACAGACCACCACAGAGUUCAAUGCAAACAACCACAUAAUGCAAAACUGUCUGCAGUUAAAAGGUUUAUAAAAUAGAUUUUUCAGACUGGAGCUAUUUUAAGUCAACAUCAAUCCACUUUGUUGUUGGUCCCACUCYGACUAGCCAUUCGCUCGUCAUUCAGGGCAAAUUAAAAAAAAUUAUGAACUGAGGUCAGAAAUAAGCUUUGUUCAUUCAUACAGCGAGCCACAUGUCAUAAAAGCUGAACUAUUCCUUUAAUAAAACCAAUUUACUGGUCAGAUUCAACUGAUUAUGUUACAUCACUGUGUUUAAUACACACCUGUGAUAGCAGUAUUUAUCUUCUCUGUAUAGAUGGCUAUUUUUUUAAGGUUUAACCACUUUUAAGGAAAAAACAAACAUGRCUUUAAGUGAUAAAUGCUGUGGAAACUAUUAGAUUUCUGAUGUGUUAAUCCUAUUUCUUUUUUGAUUUUUAAUUUUUGGCUUUGGCCCAACACCAAUAAACCAUAUAAAUUCUGCCCCUUUCA